AAAAGUAUCUGCUAACAGUAUUAAAUGGCCAACCCAGUGCAUAAUGAUUUGUUUUUGCUAAAUUAACAAUGUCUUCUCCUUGUUUGGAUUUCAGAAAUCAUGGAUCUUUCAGAUGCCCUUGACUUCCCACAGCAAAAUAAUCAGCAGGCAGGAGGCCCAGUAUGGCCCGGCCAACCAGCCAACCCCACCUGGCCUGGUCAGCCUGCUAACCCCACCUGGCCUGCGCAGCCAAACCAACCAGGCUGGCCAGGGCAACCAUACCAGCCAACAUGGCCUGGACAGCCUGGGCAGCCUACAGCUCCUGGGCAGCCCACAGCUCCUGGGUGGCCUGGACCUGCACCACAAACCGGCCCUUAUGGUGCUCCUGGCCAAGCUCCACAAGCACUAACUGUGCCAUUUGACCUGCCACUACAAAGUGGAGUCUAUAACAAGAUGCUCAUCACCAUCAAUGGAGAGGUCAAACCUAACGCUAAACAUUUCACCAUUGAUUUAAACCGAGGCAACGACAUUGCAUUUCAUCUAAAUCCUCGCUUCAAUGAAGGCGGAAGGCAAGUGAUUGUACGAAACAGCUUGAUUGGAACCCAGUGGGGCAAAGAAGAGCGUGAGCUCUCCUCCUUCCCAUUUGUCCAGGGAAAGCCUUUUGAGAUGAAGAUCUUAUGCACUGACACUGAAUUCAAAGUGGCUGUGAACAAAUUGCACCUUCUGGAAUUCAAACAUCGGCUCCGUGAGCUCAACCAGAUCAGAGCUGUUAGAAUCUAUAAUGAUGUCACCCUGAGCUCUGUAAAUGUGGAGACACUGCAGUGAAAUCAUACUAAAGAUUCUGGCAUGAUAUGUGAUGAUCUAUUCAACCACAUGGGCAAAUCCUUUUUCCUCCAGUAAUUUUUUUAAACACUGUGUGUGUCAGUAAGAGUUUAUAUUUCCUACAGAUGUUAGAGCUAUAUAAAUUAGCAUGCAAAUCCAGUUUUUCUCAGUGCUGUAGUUAGCUUUGCCACCUCUAGGUGGGCCUGUUACUAUCCAGGAAGAGUUAGGUUGUGAAAAGGGUCAA